GCCUUGGAGGCGAUGUCUCUGCUGAGUUUGUACUUGUGUUUUGUUAGUGAGAGGUUGUAAUUGUUAGAUCUGUGGGAUUCCGCAGUUCCUUAUCCACUGGAGCAGCUGAACUACUGUAUGUUGUAGUUGUGGAGUCAUGUAGCCAUGUCGUCCAAGAAACGACCUGGUGAUGGAGGAAAGGGCUGGGAGUUUGACUCCUUUGACGAUGGUUCCUUGAAGAUUGUUGGGGAAGUCCUAAUCAAGAAAUUUGGAACAUUUCUCGAUGACUAUGCCUCCCAGCUGCGGGACAUCGAAGAUGCUGUGGACGUCAAGAUGGGAGAUGCAUGGGACUUCAAUGUUGACCCCAUCCGUCUCCUUGUGGAGCCAGUGGAACAGGCAACACUGCUGGAGUUGGUGAAAACCGACAACAAAGUGCUGAAUAAGGUUUUGAUAGCGUUAGCAGCCAUCUGCUUAGAAGUGAAGCGCUUGAAAUCCGAAGCUGAGACAAAGUUCUAUGACCCACUGCUCAUGUACGGUGAUCGAGACCCAGCAUCUCUUGAUGAGGGUGAGGCACAGAUUCAACUUGGACGACUUCUGCCAACUCUUCAGGAACUGUCCUGUUUUGUCAAGAGGUGCUAUGAGCUGGUCCGCAAUAUCAUGCACCAGUUGGCAUCACUGCAUUUGGCGCCAGUGCGCGGUACUGGCGAGAGCGUGAUGGGUGUCGCCGGCGUCCAUUUCCGCAUCGUAUACGAGCAUCUCGGCAUGUUGCUAUCUGUCCUGCUUACGUUGGAUGAGAUCAUUGCUAGCAACAUUGUGCUGAAGGACCACUGGUCACAGUACAAACGUAUGAUGAAAUCUGUGCAUAGUCAGGCAUCUCGCUUUGGUGUCGAAGACCAGGAGCUUCGGCCAUUUGAGAAGCUGAUGCAGAGACUCGAGGGCGAGCUCAUGGAUGGUCUAAUUUUGGCUAACUGCUUGGAACAGCCAUUCGAUGAAGGGCACAUACUUGUUUCAGCCAAUCCGACACUGAUGGAAGAGUUUCUAAUCAACAUGAAAGCUAUCUUUGCUUACCUUGAAGCGCGUAUCGGUGAGAACAAUGAGAUGGAACAGCGUUUCCAGUUCCUGUCCCUGUGCCUGCUGUUCACGUUGCACUUCCAGGUAUGGCGAACCGCAGACAAGAAGUUCUUUCUGCAAGUCUUCAACAUGUACAAGAAGCUACCAGCGAUUCACCUGUGUGCCAAUAUCGUUUGGUUUCCGAACGACUUCUUGCUGCGCGCCAUUCCCAGCCUGAUGAAAGUGGUGGACAAGAAGCACAUCAAUGCACUCAAUGCAUCGCGCACACAGUGGCUGACGAGCAACGGACAGAAUCUGACAAGAGAUGCGCACAACUACUACCUACAGGUGACGCAGUGGGCAGUGCGUAUGGAGAACACGCUACGACGAGGCAACUCCCUCGCCGAAGACCUCAGCAACCGCGCUGUUGUCUUCAUCACCGGCUUGCUCUACGCAUACCAACUGUCCCAUCAUGUACGGACGGUAAUGAACCUGCACGUGCGUCUGCAGAAGCCCAUGAACAAGUCCUCUGUCCUUGCUCUGUGUCGCAUGGUGGAGCUGAUGAAGACCGUUCAAUUCACCUUCCACCGACACAGCAUGUACGUAGCCGAAUCAAUCACUCAGAUCAUCCAGCACUACAACUUCAACCUGCUGACGAUCAUCGGUGCUGCCAAGAAGCGUGUUACCUCCGACAAGCGCUACUCUGACCGACGUCUUGACGUGCUGGCAGCCGUCACUUUGUUGCAGACGAUGCUGAACGGUCCUGGUACUAGUGAGCGCCUCGUUGUGGCGCAGCUAGCCAUGUCUGUCAUGCUGCAAAUGAAGUUAUUGAAGGACGAUGAGCUGGCUAUGCUGAUGGAUCGCAUUCGCAAGAUGGAGGCACUUGUAGAGCUGCAGACGUGGCUGUCACAUGCAUCCGACUGCUCUUUUCUCUACUGGCAUCGUGCUAUUGUACCUGUCUACCUGAACCACAUAUUUGAGAAUCCGGAAGAUGCGCCUCGUCUCCACUACAUGUUUGCUGCUCUCCGUGACUGCGGGCUACCACUGCGGCAUGCAGUCCAAGAGGAGCAGCCUGACUUUCUGCUGCGCGAGUUUGAGAAGUGGGUCGAAGGUCUCAUGGAGACGCAUAUCAUCCGUUCGCUCUGCACCAGCAUUGAGACGGACCUGCGUCUGCACAUCCACUCCAAGUUUGGCCUUCAGCUGGACAGUCGCAACCCGUUCCGUGUUGGCCACAAGGACCUGUCGGCGCUUCUUCACGUCAAGCCGAUCCGCUUCUUCGACACGUUCUUCGACAUCUGCGCUCAUGUCACCCAUUACCUGGACACAACCUUCUACAACCUGACAACGGUAGCGCUCCAUGACUGGAAGACCUACAGCGAGAUGCGGCACCUGGCUGAGCAGAAGUACAACCUUCGCAUGGCCGAACCACACUUGCCCAGCCAGACGCUAGAACAAGGCCUGGACGUGCUGGAAAUCAUGCGGAACAUUCACGUCUUUGUUGCACGCUACAACUACAACUUGAACAACCAGAUCUUCGUGGAGCGCAGCAGCAACAACAAGCAUCUGAACACCAUCAGCAUCCGACACAUCGCGAACAGUAUUCGCACACACGGCAUCGGUAUCAUGAACACAACGGUCAACUUCACGUAUCAGUUCUUGCGCAAGAAGUUCUUCCUCUUCUCACAGUUCUUGAUGGACGAGCAGAUCAAGGCACGUCUUUUCAAGGAUAUCCGCUUCUUCAAGGAGAAUCGACAGCAGCUCGACCAGCAGUAUCCAUUUGAUCGAGCGGAGAAGUUCAACAAGGGCAUUCGCAAGCUUGGCCUCAGCGCAGAUGGUCACAGCUACCUAGACCAGUUCCGGCUGAUGAUCACCGAGAUUGGCAAUGCGAUGGGCUAUAUCCGUAUGAUCCGUUCCGGAGGCCUUCAUUGCUGCAGCAACGCUAUCCGCUUUGUGCCAGAUCUGGAAGAUAUUGUUUCUUUCGAGGAGAUGGUGUCGGCAGAAGGCCUAUCGGGUGAGAGCAAGACAGCGGCUAAGAAUUUGGAUCUGUGCGUGGAGACGCUGGCCAAGAAUUUCGCAGAAGGCACCGAGUACUUGAAGAUGCUGGUGGAUGUGUUUGCCUCUUCCUUCCGUGACCAGAAGAACAAGCACUUGAAGAAUUUCCACAUCAUAGUUCCACCACUCACUCUCAACUAUGUGGAGUACAUGAUGUCGGCCAAGGAGAAGAUGAAUCGCAAGAACAAGUCCGGGGCUGCGUUCACUGAUGAUGGCUUUGCCAUGGGUGUAGCUUACAUCCUAAAGCUGCUAGAUCAGUAUGCCGGUUUUGAUUCUCUGCACUGGUUCCAGUCAGUCAAGGCCAAGUAUCGACGAGAGAAGACCGAGCUCAGGGCGUCCAGACAGCGUGGCCGAGAUGAUGACAAGCUGCAGCAAACGAUGAGCUUCACUGUCAAACGUCUCGACCAGUGCGAGCAGGAAUUUGACCUACUCUUCUACUCUCUCAGCAGCGCUAGAAUCUUCUUCCGUGCUGACAAGACGGCCGCCGAAGAAAACGAGGAGAAAGAUGAGAAGGGCGAAAAGCCUGCAGGCGAUGCUGCUUCAAACCCGCCGGCGUCAUCGGCAGAUGCACCACCAGAGGCAACACCAAGUGGUCCUCCAGAGCCACCACCCAGUGGUGGUCCGGCGCCUCCACCACCGCCGCCUCCGCCACCUCUACCCCCUGGUCUUCUUUAAUGAGAACCUUGAAGAUUGUCUUGUGUAUAGUAAAUAUUUAGAAUAUAAAAUACAUGGAAUUCCCCCCCCCCCCCUCCCCCCUCACACCCAUGCACACAACACAUGCCUAGUUUUAUACAGUUUUUCUUCUUCUAUCGUUGUAGUCGACUUCGCUGAUGUACAUGCAUGGCCAACCCAAGCGCGGUCAUUGCGUAUUCUUGCCAUAUUUUGAGUGUUUCAUUUCUUCAUGCCUUAUCUAGGGCCAGCCCCAUUUAUCUGGAUUUUUGAAUUUUCAAAUUGUUGCUGUGGAAUUGACAAGCUUGUGCUGACGAGCUCUCUUGUAUUAUUUUUCCUCUUGGUGCUGUGCUUCCAAAGCGUAGCACUUGUCUUGCUCAUCACAUCAUGCUUACUGUUUUAGAGCCCAAAGAAUACCGGUAUUGUUGUUGCGAGA